UGAUCACUCUAGACUUUAGUCAAUUGCAAUUUGUAUUUUUUUUUUCUUCUUGAAAAAGAAGACCAAAUAGUAGAAUAAUGGUACAUGGUACUACUACUAAACAAAUGAUAAAUUUCUGCCAAAAUUUCUGAUGGUUGGCUGGCUGCCCAGAAAUUUCAACAAUCAAACCAACUACUCCUACUACUACUCCCUCUAUUUGGAUACUUGUACCCAUCACUCUUUUUUUUUUCCUCCACACUCUUUUAUAAACCUCUUCCACCCCUCUUUUUCCUUCUUCCUACCUCCCCUGUUUUUCUCUCUCCUCCCCUGUUUUCUCCCACCAUUCAACCAAAUUAUAUUCAUGUAACACACUAACAUCACAAACCACCCUUACUACAUUACACCAGCAUUCUAUGGAGCCACCGCCUCCGCCUCCGCUAUCUCUAUCGCCUUCGCCACCAGUCCUCCACAUUCACCACCCGGGAAACAACAGUUUCCCGGUCAUCGCAAUUGCCGUGAUCGGCAUUCUAGCAAUCGCAUUGCUCCUAUUCAGCUACUACAUUUUCGUCAUCAAAUGCUGCUUAACUUGGCAUAGAGUUGAUAUUUUCAAUCGCUUCUUCUCACGCGUUAGAGACCCUAGUACUGAUACAGCUUCAUUGACGACUCCUACACUAUCCCCGGACGGCAACACUGCCGUCCAAAAAGGACUCGACGAGGCCCUCAUCCGAUCGAUACCCGUCAUAGAGUUUCGGAAGCUGGUUACAGAGCGUAAGCAGCAUGAGCACGAUAUUGUAACAUCAGUUGAACCCGCAGCCUCGUACGAGUGCUCGGUUUGUCUCAGCGAAUUUGAGGAGGGCGAGAGGUUACGAGUUAUUCCGUAUUGUUGUCACGCGUUUCAUAUCGACUGUAUUGAUGUUUGGUUACAAAGUAACGCUAAUUGUCCGCUUUGUAGAUCAGGGAUUUCCCCUGCUUCUAUUUUGUACAAUACUCAACAACAUUUGAUUCAUUUUCCUCCACCAUUUCAACCCCAGAAACCUUCUAACGACGACGACAACGAUAGCGAUAACGAUAAUGAUACUGAUGAUGAUGAUGAUUUUGUGGUGAUUGAGAUUCAGGGGAAUAAUUUGGAUGAACCCAGAUUGGUAACUAGUGGAGAAUCAAGAAAAGGGAGGAAGAAAUUGGGGCAUGUUUAUAGUUUGGGAGAUGAAUUGAUUGAUAUGAGAAAGAAAGACGAAGAAUUUGAGGUGGUUCAACCAAUAAGAAGGUCAAUUUCAAUGGAUUUGUCAAAGGAGAGAGAAUAUUGCUUCGAAAUUCGAGAAUGUUGUAGGAGUAAUAUGGAAGUAAGUGAGGUAAGUAGUAGUAGUAGUAACAGCAAAGUUAGAAGAUCUAUCUUUUCAUUUGGUUAUGGAAGAAGUAGUUCAUCAAGAUGCUCUGUUCAACCUGUUCAUUUGGAUCCAUGAUUUUUUUUAUAAUUAAUUUCUUUUAUUUUUUUAUAUCGAGGGAGGGACGGGUUUGAUUAGCACGGAUACCAACGAGUUUAAUUGGUUAUAAUCUUGGUAUUAUUAUCCUUUGCGGCUUUUUUUAGGCCAAAAAAAUAUUGUUUGAUUAGUGUAAGUUAGGAUGUACAAGUUUUUAGAAAUAUAUAUUUGGAAGGGUGUAAGAAUGGGAUAGGUUGUUAUAGAGACAAUUUAGUUGAAAUUUCAUUCAAUUGUUUGGUA